CGGUGAACGCAAGUGUCAAUAUAUUUUUGAGGAUCUGUUAGGCAAGAAAUUUCCAUCACGCAAGCUGAAUUUUUUGGAUGGAAUGCAACUUGAUGGGUAUAACGAAGAACUACAACUAGCAUUCGAAUUCCAUGGUCGGCAACACUAUAGUCUUAAUUCAAUGUUUCAUAGAAGAGGCCAGAUAGAUUUGGAGCAACAAAAAAUCAGAGAUCAAAAAAAGCGAAAUAUAUGCAAGGAACGAGGUAUAUGUCUUAUCGAAGUGCCAUAUACAUGUGACCUUUUCUCUUACAUUAAGCAUACGCUAAUUGAGAAAGGGUUCUUGAAUAAUUCUCCAAGUUAA